GCCACCCUCUCUGAUCUUCGGAAAAAUGCUGAACCCCUUGACCAUGCUAUUCCUUUUGAAAAUCCUCUUCUCUUCUACCAAAUUACAAACAGCUCAGUGGGACUACAAUCGAAAGGAUGCCGGACAAGACUUCAGAGAUUUGCCUCGACCUACUCUGUCCUCUAAAACUAAUGAGGUCAUAAAGGGCCAGACGGCAUCUCUAUCUUGUGUCGCCCAGACGAAAUCGUUUUCUGUCAAGUACACAUUAUUCAGAGGAAAUAAAUGCAUAAAAGAGUCUGGUCCUGAGAUGGGAAAAGAACAACAAGAGUUUAAGUUAACUAUUUCAAACACCAGUGAGUUGGGUACAUAUAAAUGCAAGAUUCAAUUGCAAGGUUCCAGUGAUAAGAAAUAUAGCAACGACUUCAACUUCACCUUUGUAUAUCCCGUCUCUACACCAGAACUGGAACUCAAACCUUUUAGUACAGAAAUAGGCCAACAUGUGGAACUGCAUUGUUUCUCACUUAAUGGAUCACUGCCUAUCAACUACACAUUCUUCAAGGGAAAUUCUAGUGUGUCCCCAACAAUUUCCAAGACUGUGAGGGAGCCCGCUGUAUUUAACUUAACAAACUACGAUAACCGGGAUUUACAUGGAUACAAAUGCAAGGCUGAAAACAGGUUUCCCAAUUAUACGGGAUACAGCCACAGUGCCAGCAUCCCAUUAAGAGGUGAGAGUUGUGCUAUUUGUCAGUUGCUAGUGCCUCUUGGGAUUCUACUGGGGACAAUAGCAGCAAUUCUAAUAGUUCUAUUUUGGAUCCUUCCCAAGUACAAAAUAAGAAAUACCAAGACAAACCAGGGUCCAGAGAAUGGCAGGAAUGAAAUCAAGAAGGGAGCAAUAUAUGAGAACAUCAGCAGAAACCAAAGAGGACUGAACAGCAUUCAGGAGGUGGAGUACACCAGCAUCUUGAUCAAGGAAGUGAUCCCAGGACAAGGAGAUAAGAAGCCUGAGGCUGGAAAUUCAGAUGACAUGAGAAAAAGUGCCAGAAGUGAAAAUGACACAAGAGUGAUAUAUACUGAGAUCCUCAGAUGAAAUCUGAAAGAAUAAAACAACUUCUCAAGACGAAUUUUAGAUGCUGUUUCAACAUGGAGAAAUCUUUACAGGAAAUCAAUUAUUUUGUAAUGAAAACCUACUGCAUGCAGAGCAGAGUUCUUGGGAGAGCACAACAAAAGAAUACGAUGUGGUCCCUGCCCUCAAGGAAUUCCCUUAAUUAGGUUUUACGUUUCUCUCCUCCCAUUUCUAAAAGACAAACCACAAAUGAAAACACAGAAUAAAGCUUAAAAAUGGAUGGCUCAAAACUUUGAAAUACAAGGUACCUGGAAAA